GAGCGCCUCAGUUCCGCUGCAGCAGCGCGGGAAAGAGAGAAGGAGCGAAAUUUUGUGUUGCUAUGAGCAACGAACAGCGAUUAAUGGAGAAACGAGAAUGGAUUAAAAAUAUGAGCUGUUUUCAGGCUCAGUGCCGUGGCUUUCUGGUCAGGAAAGCGCUGCGGUCAGUUCAGGCUGAAUUUGAGGACAUCGUCAAAGAGCUUGAAGGCUCUGUGGAGCAUCUGACCUGGAGGGGUCAGUUCAUACCAAAACCCCACUUUACAGACAGGGAGAGCACGUCGUUCAGAUACCGUCAGCCAAAGAUCCAGACUCAUCCUGAGGAUUCAGAGAAGCUGAAGGAUCAGCCUGAAGAACGUGAAAAGUCUCUUGUACACACUGUGCUCCUAGUAGCCGAGAGAUAUGAAGAGCCCAACAGCAGCCCGCAGAGAGACUGCAGCCAGGCCUGUACGCCACCAGGGGGUGACAGAGAGGGAGAGGGAUUGGAGACUGAAACAGGUGCAGAUUUGAGCAGCAUGGCCUUGGAGACCAGCUACAGCAGCUUUCUGCAAAACGGCAACCAAACGCACCCUCUUCUUAAAGAUGUAGCACACAGUCCUGAAGCACUGAGACAGCACAGAAAAACACUGGCCAUGGAGCUGCUGUGGAUCCAGCAGGCCAUCGCUAGCAGGAAGAAAUAUCUCACCUUGAAACAGAAGAUGGAAGUGGCCUAGCAACAAAGGGCCGAAGUAAUGGACAGUAGAGUCACAAGUGAAGGUUCUAAAUGGACACGUUGAGACAUUUCAGCUUGGGAAAUAUUAAAGGAGGAGAACAGAUUUGCCACAUCUUCAGAUCUCCGGCCCAUUUUCUUCCGUGAAGAUGCCUUUUCCAUUGCAAACAACCUUUAAGUACAGGUUAUUCAUUUUUCAGUGUCGGAAAAAAAAUAUUUAAAAUGUUUAGGCCUCAGCAACUAAAUGUAAUAUCAACAUGUUCAGUGUGUCCACUUUCUACCUUUAUUCCAGCUUCCAUUC